CAUUGAGAGUCCGAAAUCGAUACAAAAGGUAGUAUGAAAACCACCACUCUCUUCGCGGUAGCCCUUAGCGUAGUAAACAAUGGCAGUGUUCUUGGACAUGCUUAUCUAUCUUGGCCAGAGGCGAGAAAUGUGCCAAACAACUACGAGCCACAGUCUUUGGCAGCAGGUGGACCAGGUACAGUAUUGAUGGGUGAAUCCUACCGCCACGGCCUCUGCGGAAACAAAUGGCACGAGAGUCCUCAGAAUUGGAAUGUGCCAACCGCACCUAAAGUAACAUACACUCAGGGUAGUGUAAUAGACGUAUCCGUAAUAGUAACUGCACAUCACUUGGGAUAUUUUGACUUGCAGCUCUGUGAUUCUUCCGACAUCAAUGAGGAAUGCUUCUUUCGACAUAAACUCACACGUCCGAACUGUGAUCCCAAUGUGCAUGAUUGCACCAAAUGGUGGAAACCUUUGCUCGAGUCAGAAAAAUCGCUAUACCCAGUCACCGCUAACGGUGGAUAUAUGGCACAAACAGUUCCGUCCGGCACUGUUUUGCUGAAGACCCAAUUUCAGCUACCAGCCAAUGUUCAUUGCACCAAUUGCGUACUGCGAUGGCACUAUUUUACCACCAACUCGUGCCCUCCAGAGAAUCACAGCCAAAAUCCCAUGCAAAUAUCCGAGGAGUUUUGGAAUUGCGCGGACAUCCGAAUCGAUGCUGUGCAAGGACCAGAUGCGACCACGAAUACGCUUCCUUCUGAAGCACUCAUGAAUGCGCUUCCCCUACGACAACCACAAAAUUUAAUGGGGACUGGUUUCAAUGAAUAUUGUCCGCCCGAAGCUAUUGGUGAAUAUGAGGAAUACGCUUCAGUAUUGCAAUGCUAUAACCCAACAGGACCAGAAUGUGAAUACGGUGGUGUUGCCCCAUCUCCUAAGCCCACUGCAGCUCCCACAAUGCCUCCAACAAUCACCACAGCUGAAGCAAGUACCACAGAUGGUGCCACUCCACCAAUGAAUGCUGAGUGCGGAAACUGUGUCGGCUGCCUGCACCCAGGGAAUAAUGGUUGGCGUGCGUGCUACACCGACUGGUCCCCCAUCACUUGCGCUAUGAAUGCACAAUAUGGAUACGACGCAUGCUACCCUAGCGAAGGUAUUCCAGUGGAGACAGAAAGUUACACCCCGAGUGACGAAGCAUCCACGAGCGUGUCAAGUAGUCCGCCUAGCACAGCUACAACAUUGUUUAUCUCGAGCACGCACACUGUGUCCUCAUCCGAAAUAAUAGCGCCAUCAACUACAGUAUCCCCCACGUCGGCGAUCGAGUCGACCACUGUGUUUAGUUCAGCUACAGAGUCGACACCAACUACGGACUCCGUUUCUUCUCCAACAGAAACGGAUACACCGACAUGGACUCCAGGUGGUAAUUCCAAAUACCUUAGCUGCGCUGAAAGUCAAUGUUAUGGCUGCCUGAGAAUUGGCUAUCAGUGUGAUGGACCUACCCAAGGCAAAGAAGCCUGUGACGGCUGGUUAGAUGAUGGGUAUGUCUGGUGUGAAAUUUGA